GUAGUUUUUUCACCUUUGUAAGAUUUUUUUAGUGGAAUAUAUUUACAGUUAUGAAUUAUGAGAUCAUCUUCGCAUCGCUUUUGUAAACUGAAGUAAGUUUCAUGAAUUUGUAAUUGUUAUUUGACAUUUCACGUCAUUUUGUAUUUUUAUAAAUGUUUUUAUUAGAAAUUAUUACAUGAGAUGCUGGACAAAUUCUCAAGUUCGUAUACGCACAAAUCUUUAUCAGGCAAAAGUUUUGCUCGGAUUUUAAAAUAACCCUGAGGUUUUAUAGCUUAUAUCAUAUUGUUAUCAAAAUGUUGGAUCUCUCAUUAGCGGAAUGUAUGGUUACGUGUAGCAGCGUGCUUCUCAUAGUUUUACUGUUAACCGAAAUUUUGGAUUGGACACAAUUAUUUGUAUGGUUGGAAAACGACUAUUAUCCCCUCGCUUUCUCAUUCGGAUAUGCCCAUCAAAACGGACCUCACACUUGGAAAGACCUAUAUCCUGAUAGUAGCGGUAGCUAUCAAUCACCCAUCAAUAUUAUUACUAGACUUGCCAUAGUAGUGCAACCAUCAGAAUUGCUUCAGUGGAGCAAUUUUAACAGCGGACCUUUAUCGAUGACCAUCACAAAUGACGGUCAUGCAGUAAUUCUUCGAGGGUUUUGGACUAGCACCAUGUGGCCACAACUUCAAGGUGGACCUUUAACCGGUGCAUACGAUUUCUUUAAUAUUCUCUUUCACUGGGGUCCAUCUAACGAGGAAGGCAGUGAACAUACUUUAGACUAUGUUCGUUAUCCUAUGGAGUUACAAGUGAUUCAUACGAAGCGUGGAAUUAAAUCACCUAUGGAUGCAAUCACACUUGGAGCAAAGGAUGGGAUUGUAAUCGUUUCUUUCUUCCUUCAAAUAAAUCAUGUAGAUAAUCCUUAUCUGGAUCACAUUGUGAGCAAUUUGUGGCGCAUUACCUGUCCGGGUUCCAAGGUCUAUAUACCUCCUUUCCCAUUAGAAUGGAUGUUUGCACCAUUUGACCGAAAUUAUUACACAUACAAUGGUUCUUUUAGUCAACCUCCCUGCAGUGAAAUUGUCACCUGGAUUAUUCAACAAGAACCGAUUGCCAUAUCGUCGUCGCAAGUAAGAUUGUUAACGUUAUUACUUAAAUUAUUAGUACCGGUUUUUAUUAUCAAUAUAUUAGGAGCGUGAUUUAGUUUUGAGGGUUUGCAACAGAUGGCUGUAGUG